CUUGAUUUUACGGAAAAGCUUCGGAUUUGCUAAAUGAGCUUUGUUCGGUGAAUUCACGUUUGUUUGGUGAAAGUCGCGAAAGUUUUGUCUUAUUUUGGUCUGAGAUGUGUGAUAACACUGAUUCUUGUCCGAUAGCAUAAUCUCCCGGUACCAUGAACACCUUCCAAAGUAAACUUCAGUACUACACGAAGCAAAAGUUUUUCCGGUUCGGCGUACCAUUUCUGUUUCUAAUCGUGGCAGGAUCUUUUGGUUUACAACAGUUUGCCCAGCUUAGAUAUACUUACUCCAAGAAAGGUACACUUAGCUGGGAAGAAGCCGAAUCCCAUGGUAUUCAUAUGAAAAAACCAGAAGAGGUUACGUUGGAGACGGAAUAUGACAAGAUAAAAUCCAUUGACAUCAACAACUGGGAAAACGUCCGCGGACCGCGCCCUUGGGAAGAACAAACGAUGAAGAAUCAGGCUAGUCAUUAAAACAAGUAGAUUUCAAUUUUGUUUUGUAGUUGAUGUAUAUAAAUUUAUUUUCACGAAAAUACAAGACAAGAUUUGUAUAUUUUAUAGUAGAA